GAUAAAAAAAAGUCGAGUGACACCGGCAGUCUUUUUGGUUGUCUACCACUCAGAACGCGAGUUUCAGGGGUUGACUCAUCAGGGCAGGUCCGGUACUAAUAGAUUGAGGUAUCUCCCUUGUAGCAGCUACCAGUGCGAGAUUUUUACACCAUACUGGUGGAAAACAAUAAACCACUUCCAGACGAGUGUGACCAAAAUUUAUCAUCUUCAGUCCGAGGUUAAAUUAUCCAUCAAUCCACGAACAAUCUCGACCAUGGGUAGAAGAACAUCUACAGCGAUGAUGCGAAUUGCGAUCGCGGGUGCUGGGGGCUUUGCCUCCCUUCUGGCUCAGGAGCUCUCCCGUAGCGCCUACGCCAUAAUCGUUCUUUCGACAAAGGAACACCCGGAAUUCGAAGCCAAUUACGACUGCCAGGUGGCCGUAGUCGACUAUACUGUCCUUGAGGACCUUCAGUUCGCUCUCGAGGGCGUCGACCUUGUGAUUUCCACCAUUUCCGGCGCAGAACAACUUAACCUCAUCGACGCAGCUAGACGGGCUCGCGUGCGUUGCUUCGUACCUUCUGAGUUUGAGGGCUCCAUAAGCCGUAGGCCGCCGGCAGGAACUGAUCCCUUCGACAAUGAUUCAUCGACAGCUUUAGAUCAGCUCCGGCAUUGGUCACAGUCGAGACAGCACUCGAUGAAAUACACAGUAUUCUCAUGCGGCGUCUUCUACGAACGGUUCGCCCCUGGAGGCCUUCAAGCAUUCAACAUGGGCCUCGCCUGUCGGGUUAGGAACCAGGGAGACUACAUGGUAGAUGUAGGACAAGGGAUUGCCGAAGUUCCAGAAGCUACUCCUCAGGGCCGUCCCAUAUACAUCGUUAUGACAUCUGCAGUCGAUGUAGCACGAUUCGUCGCGGCGGCUGUCGAGCUGGGUAUUGAUACUUGGCCGAGAGAAUUCAAAAUGCGUGGUACCCGACUGACGACUCAGAGACUUCACGAGAUCUGUAGUGAAGUUCGAGGAGUCGAGUUCGAAGUGAUCACGAUACCAUACGAUCAGAUUGAGCAGUGGCUUCGUUACUACGAGCAGAGUCGGGACGAGGCUAAAUGGUACUCGAUGCAACAUCUCCUGCAGACCGCUAACGGCCGCUACACUUUUGGGGAGACAAAUUUGAACGAUGCGGUGGAUGUACAACCUACGAGCUUUCGUCAGUGGCUAUACAACACUUGGGGCCCGGCGUAGGCCUACCAGUCUUCCCGGUUCUAAUGGGCUUGGAUGGCUUGGAUGGCUGACUGGGUAUUCAUGUACGCCACCUAGAAACACUCGGGCAGCCGUCCAUGUAUCGUCGACCAUUCUGCCUACGACCGGCAUCUCUGACUUGUUGCUUGUUUAUCCAGCCACGGCGACUCUUCUAGGUGAUCUAGAACACACCAUGGCGGAGCCGAAGAGAAGCAUAUCAUUUAUUCUUAUUUACCGAUAUUUUCUACCUAAGCUAUAA